AUGCCUACGUUUAAAUGUGUGCUGGUCGGCGACGGUGGUACCGGGAAAACCACAUUUGUAAAACGACACUUGACUGGAGAAUUCGAGAAAAGAUACGUUGCUACUUUAGGUGUCGAAGUGCAUCCUUUAGUAUUUCACACAAAUCGUGGUCCCAUUAGAUUUAACGUUUGGGACACAGCCGGUCAAGAAAAAUUUGGAGGACUUCGAGAUGGUUAUUAUAUUCAAGGUCAAUGUGCUAUCAUUAUGUUUGAUGUCACCUCACGUGUUACAUAUAAAAAUGUACCAAAUUGGCACAGAGAUUUAGUACGUGUUUGCGAAGGUAUUCCAAUUGUUCUGUGUGGCAAUAAGGUAGACAUCAAAGAUAGAAAAGUCAAAGCAAAAACGAUAGUUUUCCACAGAAAAAAGAACCUUCAGUACUAUGAUAUUUCUGCAAAAUCAAACUACAAUUUUGAGAAACCAUUCCUUUGGCUAGCUAGAAAGUUGAUUGGAGAUGGCAAUCUAGAAUUUGUUGCUAUGCCUGCAUUAGUACCACCAGAAGUCACUAUGGACCCACAAUGGCAAAACCAAAUUGAGAAAGAUCUUAAGGAAGCUCAAGACACUGCGUUGCCGGAAGAAGAUGAAGACUUGUAA